AAACAAACAAGACAAAGGGACUCCUGCAAAAGUAUGCGACAGGGACAUGACAACAAAAGUAGUGCAUAUGAAUCUGAAUCUCUCUUAUGCUUCCGUGUAAUAUGGGAUUCCAUUCCACAUCUCAAUUUAGCAAGGCAAAGUCUUCUGAGUUCUGAAUUAAGACAGACCAGUUCUGAAUUAAGUAAGAUGCUGCUGGAUCCAUAGAAAACUGCUUUUUAAAUCAGGCCAUUACUUGAAGAUCAAGAAGUAAUGGCAAAUUUCCAGAUUCCAAAAAAAUUAGUAUCUGAUUGGAAACCUAGCAAUUCAAUUAAUGAUCAGAUUCGGGCGGAUUCAGUCUGCAUGGCCGGUAAUCGGAAUUCUGAUAAGUUACCAGAUAUGAAAUGGUGGCUACAUGUGAAAAGUAACUUGGAUUGUGAACCAAAUUAUUCCUGCAAGACUGAGCUUGGUUCAUUCUAUGCUGAAUUUCUUGAUGGAAAUGUCAAGAAUGGAGAAGAUCAAUCUAUCAUUGACUUUGACGAUCUUUCUUAUAUUGGAAGUGAUAAUUUAUCGGUUGAUCAGCCUCAUCAUGUCUCUCCUAUUACAUGUAUGAAAGACAACAAUAAUGCUAGAAUGCGAAAAAUUGAGGCUUCAUUGAACAAUGAUUUACAUUUUACUCCCAAGAAGAAAGAUCAGAAGGACUUCGGAUUUUCAGAUGUUGGUUUUUUGGACUGUGAUGUUUCCAAUUUCUUGGUCUCAGAAAAAACGUCAUCACAUUUGAUGGGAAACGAGAAACCUGGGCCUUGGUGGCGCACUGCUGGUAAAGAUGAGUUGGCCUCCUUUGUUGCUCAGAGAUCUGUUGAGCAUGUUGAAAAUUGUGAUCUCCCUCAUCCUCAGCCUAAGAGUUUUGCUCAGAGAUUCUCUAAGGGUGUUGAUCAUGAUAAGAUUCUACCAUCAUCUUUAAACCAGAAAGCUGAGACUGGUUCUUUGAAUGCCGAUGGUUAUGCAUCUGGAACAACGCCUACUUCAAGCUGUUCUUUUCAGGAUUCUAACAGUCGUUUCAGUUCCGGCCAGAGCAAAGAUUCUGGCUCGAUCAACAAAGAUUGUCAAAUAAAUCCUGAGAAUAGCAGCAUUACUGAGCUGUUAGAAGCACUGUGUCAUUCUCAAACAAGAGCAAGAGAGGCUGAGAAAGCAGCGCAAGAAGCCUACAACGAGAAGGAGCAUAUCCUGAGUCUUUUCUUUAAACAGGCUUCUCAACUCUUUGCAUACAAACAGUGGUACUACAUGCUGCAGCUCGAGAACCUCUGCCUUCAACUCAGAAACAAAAACCAACCAUUGCUAAAUCUCUUUCCACACAGGCGAAUGCAACUUAAGAAAAACCGCAACAAAGCUGAAAAGAGAAAGAUUAAUAACAGAAAAUGUGGGAUUGGAAAAUGUGUCGUCGCUUUUGCAGUGGGUUUAAGCCUUGCUGGUGCAGGUCUACUUCUUGGUUGGACCAUGGGAUGGAUGUUUCCUUCAAUGUAAAUAAUGACAUCUGGGUUCAGACAUUGACUAAGGUUGUUUGAGUGCUUCUUCUAUGCUCUUCUUGAGUUUUAGUUCUUUUGUGUUGAUAUGAUUCAAAAGAUUGUAUAUAUGAUGGUAUUGGUAUCCAUUGGUUCAAUUUCCAUCAUUUGUAAAUAUUCCUCCUUUGUUAAGAACCGUUAGUUGUAUGUAUAUAUUUAAAGAUGACAUUUGUGUAGAAACAAUGUGGGUGAUGUUUGCCAUGCAAGGCUUUGUAUAUACUACAUGUAUGUCUGACUGUUCAUUUCCUUGAGAAAAUCUUUGAAAUUUUUGCAUUA